AUGAUAUCAACAACAACCACUCCUUCCACGUUUCCCCUCUUCUCCAGCCUCGCUCUUGAAUUACGCACUCAAAUAUGGCAAGAAUCUCUUCCAUGGGAAUUCCCUCCAGCACUGUACUUCUACAAAAAAGGAUGUUGGCAAGCCCGAAUCUUCACCGAAUCUGAUCCAGGUUACUGCAACGAAGUCAGUGAACAAUUCAGCACCGAAGAUCUGAACAGAAACUUGGAAUUUCGCUACGAUCUUCUUGAUAAUUUCCACGUUCAGACACCUCUCUUAUUUGUGAACCAUGAGGCUCGAAAAAUCACCCUCACUUGGGCACGCAGUCAUGGUAUCGAAAUAUGCGGAGAUCCACUUUUCCCACGCUUGUCUCUUCCUUUCAACCCCGCUAGGGAUAUACUUUAUUUGCCUGCUGUUGAAGGGUACAAAUUUUUCACGGAACCUUAUAACCGAUCUUCUGAGGAAGACAUGAUUAAUCCAACUCAUGGAGUAUUCAAUGAAGUUAAGCGUUUGGCUGUGCCAGAAUCGGGGCUUGGAGCUUACUUCGUCAUGGCCGGGUUCGGCGGAUUUUCCAAGUAUUAUAAUAUUGAAGCACUAUAUGUCAUUAUCAAUACGCCACUGGGCUUACGUUCUAUUGAUGAUGAUUUGCAUGUGCAGUCGCGAUGGGAAUCGGUCUUUGAACUGAAAGAGAACGGAUAUAAUGAGGAUGAACAGAUACACCUUUUGACUCAGGAAAUUAGUCGACAUUUGACACCUGAAUUUAUCACCAGCUCGCCUGCCAUUCGUGAGAUCCGACCUGUUUUGGCUGUCAAGGGUUAA